AUGGUUAUCGGAGUUUUUCAACAUUUGGCAAAAUAUUUACAAUCAAGAUGUGUGGAGAAUAUGGCUUGGCAUAAUAUUGGUUAUAUUGAUUGGGAACCAUGGAUGUCACAAAUCUUCACACGAAUACUCAGAGGAUUUUCACUUCCAAUGGGUAAACUACAAAAAACUCCACAAAAAUAUCCACACUUUGUCUCACAUGUGGCAAAAUGGAUUGUUGCGAUGAUAGGCAAUCGUAGUUCGUGUCUACAAUACUUGGCAGAUCUGUUAGUUAGCAUUCGAAGUUUCUAUCAUCCAUCAAACAUGGGCACAUUUCAGAAAAAUCUAGUCGAAUUUCUCUUGAAACUUACCACGUAUUUUGUCGACCGAGUUCAUUUAGAACGCAAAGCUCAUCCUGUUUGGUCUUUUACACCACUGCCAUCACAUCGACUAACGGAAGAAAAUAUCACUGAUUUUGUCAAUUGUCUCAAAGAAUAUGUUUUUAUAUCUAUUUUUAAUCAAACUUACAUGGAAACAGCAGUAGAAGCUUGUCAUUAUCUUUCUAUACUUCGGCCAGAAUUAAUCAUUCCAUGUAUCAUUGAAAAACAUUUCUUGGCGAUUGAUAAUAUAACUGAACCACAUCGAUUUACAUCCAUCAUUACUUGUUUAACACACAUUGCUCGUCAAAUAGUACAACAAACACCAUCUUAUAGUCGAGGUCAAAUUUAUGUUUUACCAUUACUAAUAUCUGUAUUACCUGGUAUCGAUCUGAAUGAUUUCAAGAAAACAUCGGUAACAUUAGAAUUUCUUGACACUAUGCUGAUGCAAAUCACAUGUAUUGAUUGUUCAUCGGCAGUAAAUAUUCGAACUGAUUUAACUGAAAUUGAAAGAGAAGUAUGUCUAUCUACAUCGAAAUUUGAAGAUUUUAUCAAUGAAUUUCUCAAUCGAAUAUUUCAUAUCAUUGAGAUUUCAUCCGCCGAAAUAUCUGAUGCAGUAACGGCGGAUGCAAAUGAUAAUAAGUUGGACAUAGACAUCCAGCCAAAAGUGACUUCAAUCCUAUUCAAUAUUGUUCAACAAUGUAGCAGUCCUAUUUUUCAAAAAAUUCGAGUGAAGAUACUCAAUUUUCUUGGUAGUCAAUGUUUAUCACCAAAAGUACGAGAUAUCGCCAGUGGUCUCGUUCGAGCACUUGUCAAAGGUAACCCAGUGAAAACACUGAAAUAUCUUCUCCCUGAAAUAUGCAAAUCUAUUAAAAACAAAUUUAAUAAUUCUGAUUCAACAUUAUUAACUGAUUACAAAGAUGAUAUAGAAUUGACCUGGUAUUUAGUUGUCUUUGCUGAACUUCUUCGUGCUCGUGGUGAUGUUUUACUAAUCUAUAAACAAUUGAUUAUGUCUGUAUUUCAUCAAUGUAUUCAAAUUGUUAACAAGAAUUCAUAUAACGCAGUGGCUAAGGCUGUUGUAAAUUUACUUGAAUCUCUUUCCUGUUCGUAUCCAGUUGAUUACCGACUGUUGGUCAUCAAUAGUGACGAAACAUUCGACAAUUUUUUACCAAUUCGACUAUGGGGACAAUAUGUUGAUAUCGAUAAAGUUCAAUAUCAGUUUCACAUUCCCAGUAUUGAUGAAAUUGAUUUUGUUUAUGAAUUUGUCGACACAUUUCUGUAUCCUGAAUUGGCUCGAUUGAAUGAAAAAGGUUUAAAAAUGUCCAAUAACGAACGAUUGAGAUCUCUCACUAUUAUUCGGUCGAUCGCCAUAGGAGCCUUUUGUUUCGUGCCUCCUAUUGAAAGUAAAGAGGUACAAAGUCUUAUGGUACAAUCAAUGGUUCCACAUUAUUCCAAAUAUCAAAUUCGACUCUCAAAAAAUUCGACAAAACUUAAAUGCCAAGAGAAUUUGCGAUUACGACUCUUCAUUGAUAUUGGAUUGUUCCUAGACAAACUCGUGGAAAAUCAUUCGGAUGAUGUUUUAUCGAUACAAAAAGCUCUCGGAUUCUAUUGGUUUAUUUCUGAUUAUUAUGGUAUUUAUGAGCACGGAAUUUAUGAUUGGCCAAAAGAUUUUAGUUCUCGAGAAAAAUUAUUAAAAAACAAACUAUGUGGUGAAGGACAAAAUCUUCGUUUCUUAAUCAUUCAAAAAAUGGCUUUGAAGAUUAAGGAACUUGAAACAAUUAAUCACGGUGGCCCGUUAAAUGAGAUUACCAAAGAGAUAAUAUUCAGAUUAUUCGAACUAUCGAUUAAUCGAUACAGUGAAGUGCGUCGCAACGCACAAAACGAUCUUUUUUAUCUAUUCAAUCGUAUUCCCUUCUCUUAUCAAGUGAUUGUUGAUCGUAUUGUCGAAUUACUCAAGAACACAAGUGAACCCGAUCAUGAUCAAAUCAAAAAUACCAAUGAAAAAUCUAUUUGUGCAGCUAAGACUCUAUGGCAUUCAUUAGAAGCAAACGAAAUGCAACAAAUUGAAGAAUAUAAUCAAAACAACAUUCACUCCUACAAUCGUCUAAUGGAAACACUUAGUUUAUUAUUAAAAGAUUCUUCGUUGACAUGGAAAGAACAAAAGAUCACAUUAUCAUUAUUAUGUAAUCUUCGUCAAAAUCGUGUGCCAAUGCCAUUAUCCUGUAUUGAAACUUUUCUCGAUUGUCUCAUUCAUGAUCAUAUAGAAAUACGAAGAUUAGCUAUCAUAGGAAUUAUUUCAAUAUGUCGUUUGCAAAAGCCACCACACAUCUAUGUAGAAAAAUCUCUCGAAGAAAUUUUAUCUAACAAUGGUAAACCACUUCCUCAUAUUACUACUGAUCAGUGUCAUCCGGGUGAUCGAGAGGAUAAUCUAUGGUUGACAUUUAAUGAUUAUAAACCACCGGAAACACAAAUCGAAUGGGAAGAAACAUGCUUUUUAGAUAAACCCUUUCAUGGAUAUUAUACUUGGCCAAAAAUAAUUAAAUACCCAAUGAAUAAACGAGUACGUUAUACAAAAGAUCAUGAAAUGCCCAAAGACGUAACCAUUUUAUAUGAUCGUUUUAUGAAUAAACAAUUUGUAAGACAACUCACACAAUUGAUGAUUUUGAACGAGAAUGAAGAACAAAAGAACUUUGAUAAAGAUCAAUUUGUUAUGUUUAAAGGUCUAUUUCGUAAUUUUGGUUUGGCAUUUUUUGAUAAUUUCAUGGAACAAUUGAACGAACUCGUUCAUGAAAAGAUCACAAAAAAACAAGAAGGUAGUCAUCGAGUAGCUGCACAAAUCGUAGCAGGAAUGAUUUGUGGCUCAAAAAAUUGGACAUUACAAAUGUUAAAUGAACUAUGGGGAAAACUCACGCCUUUCCUUACCGAAGUUUGUAAUAAUCUUAAUUCCGAAAUAAAACUGCACUGGAACAAAUGUUUCUUUUAUAUCAUCGUAAAUAAAGAUCCGCGUCGAAUGUUUCGCGUAAUUCAUUUUUUGUGCACACUGGUUAAUGCAAAAUCAACAUUGAAUACAUUUAAUGAAUCUGCACGUUGGCAUUUAAUUCGAAACUUAGACAAAUUUCACUGGCGUAUACCGACUGUUUGGUGUGAAGUGUAUAAACACAUUGCAGAAUUACUCGAUCAUUCAUCGCUGAGUGUUCGUAUUCGUAUUGCUGAUGUAUUAGCAUUGUCAAUGAGUCAUGAUGUUACAUUGUUCAAUAAUCAAUCGACUCGUCAACCAAAUAUUAAUGUAUUUCUCGACACUAUAUCUGUACGAUUGAAUCAAGCCAUCGACAUUUGUGAAGGAUUACCAAUAAAUCUGAUUUCAGAUCAGAUUCUUAAGACUGAUCUCGAAACUCAAAGAGCUUUCAAUUUCAUUGAAACAGUGGUGCUGACGAAUUACUAUAUAUUUGACUCGUCUCAGCAACCGAUCAAAAAUGGAAUUAUUCGUCUUUUUCCUUUCCUUUGUGAAAUCAAGAGUGUUGCAGGAUGUGAUGAGAACUUUAAAGCAUUGUUGACAGCUAGUCGACUAUGUGUUGGAAUCAGUUAUUUAGAUUUCUCGUUUUUAAAUACAUUCGUUCAACAACUAUCACAAAUUUGUGUAAGCACUAAAUGGCAUGCAAGUCGAGCGGCUAUUGAAUUUGUUCAAACUAUGAUUUUUUGUAAUCUAUUCAAUGCACGUCCUUAUGUUAAACAAGUACAUGAACUUGUUCUCAACUGUCUCUCUGAUGAACACUUCGAAGUGCGAAUAGCUGCACGAAGUACUUUAUCUGAUUUAUAUCAAUGUGGCUACAUUCAAAUAACAUCAAAAGAACUAAACAAUUUUGGUUUGAUGAGCAAAACUAAUUAUUUCACCAAGAUCGACGGCAAGAAAGUAAUCCUAUCGAAUAAUAUGACCAAACGUCAUGCUGGUGUUUUGGGACUUUGUGCGAUCGUUCUUUCCAGUCCAUAUGAUAUUCCAAUUCACGUUCCAGAUGCAUUGAUGCUUCUCUGUGAACAUUUGGACGAUCCUGAUCUAAUUCAAAAAUCGAUCAAACAAUGUUUAUCAGAGUUUCGUCGCACACAUCACGACUCAUGGCAUGAACAUCGAGAACGAUUUACUCAAGAUCAAUUGACAAUUUUAGCCGAUGCACUAGUUUCUCACAAUUAUUAUAUUUGA